AUGGUUCUCGCUGAUGAUUUUACCUGCGUGUACAUGUGUUUAUUUCUCAUGCAGAACAAUAUUUUAGUGGUUGAUUCACUCGUGCGUGCGCUCGUUUUCUCUGCUCUCCGUGGUAUCUCAAGUUACAUUUUACUAUCAAUUCCAGUUCAUCCGCGAAAAUGGUCGAGAAUCUUUGUACCAGUUUCAAGUCUUUUUCAUCAACUCGGUAAUCAAAUUGGUUUUCGAUCGACUACUACUUACGAACCAUUAGCUAGUGAAUAUCAAUCCGAUUCGUCCUUUCAAACGCGUCGUGCGCCACACGAAUCAUAUGAAUUACACUCGAAUGGUAUUAUUAAACAAGAUGGAACUAACUCGAUUUAUCAUCAACUCGAUCUCCAAUCACGAAAUGACGAGAAUAAUAAUGAUACGAACUCGAAUCCGCUCAUUCUUCAACUUUCACCGCCAUCAUCAAAUGAUUUUCUAAUACAUUCGGAUAACAGAUUGUUGUUUCUAAAAGACAAUCUUAUCUUGCUUGUAUUUUACACGUUUUAA